AUGUGGGCUGCUGUUGGAUUGAGUUUGGUAGUUUUGCUAGUGACAUACAUUACUCACUGGAUUACACAAUGGAGAAAUCCAAAAUGCAAUGGGGUUCUCCCUCCAGGUUCUAUGGGCUGGCCUCUCGUUGGAGAGACUCUCAAUGCGAUGACUACGAGCUAUUCCAUUGAUCUUCAUCCUUUCUUUAAGACGAGACUUCAAAAAUAUGGCCCGAUAUUUCGGACUAGUUUGGCUGGUAAACCAGUUGUAGUCUCAACCGAUCCCAAAUUCAAUAGUUACCUAUUUCAACAAGAAGGCAAGCUAGUUGAACUAUGGUACUUGGACUCAUUUACCAAGAUCUUCAAGAUUUCUGACGAGAUAAAUGGAGCCGAUACCAUUCACAAGUACAUAAGGAGCAUUGCAUUGAAUCACUUGGGCGCUGAGACGCUUAAGGAAAAGUUGCUCCCUCUAAUAGAAAAAAGGGUCGUCAAAACUCUAGCCUCCUGGUCAAGUCAGGAAUCUGUUGAAGUUAAACAAGCUAGCUCAGUUAUGCUCUUCAAUUUUGGUGCCGAGAAUUUGAUUGGUUAUGAUGCUGAAACAUCAUCUGAUAACCUCAGUGAAAAAUUUUCUAAAAUCUUGAGCACUUUUUUGUCAAUUCCCUUGAAUGUUCCUGGUACAGCAUACCAUAACUGUUUAAAGGACCGCGAGAAGAUAACAACAUUGCUGAGGGAUAUGCUGAAGAAGAGACGCACAUCACCGGACACACAUCGAGGAGAUUUCCUUGACCAAAUCAGCAGCGACAUGGACAAAGAGAAGUUCUUGUCCGAGGAUUUUGUUGUUUAUGCCUUAUUUGGGGCCUUGUUUGCUGGCUAUCAUCCUAUUUCAUCAAUAAUGACAUUAGCUUUCAGUUUACUUUCAGAGCAUCCUGCAGCUUUAGAAGAGUUGACCGCUGAGAAUGAGGCACUUCUCAAAAACAGAGAAAAUCCAAAUUCCUCACUCACAUGGGACGAAUAUAAAUCGAUGACUUUCACUCGUCAGGUUGUCAAUGAAACUCUUAGACUGGGAAAUGUUGCACCUGCAUUGUUCCGCAGAGCUUUGAAAGAUAUCCCAGUAAACGGAUUUACAAUUCCAGCAGGUUGGACGAUUAUGGUUCUCACCUCUGCACUUCAACUAAGUCCCAACACAUUCACGGAUCCCCUCGAGUUCAAUCCGUGGCGUUGGAAGGACCUUGACUCCCUUGUUGUAUCGAAGAACUUCAUGCCGUUUGGUCGAGGGUCGAGACAAUGCGCAGGGGCAGAGUAUAGUAGGGUGUUCUUGGCCACCUUUCUCCAUGUCUUGGUCACCAAAUAUAGCUGGAAAAGGAUCAAAGCGGGACGCAUUACUCGAAAGCAUGUGUUAGGAUUUGGGUCAAGCAUUCACAUUAAGCUCACGGAGAAGAAAAACUGAUAUACUUUUCAAAUUCUAUUUAUGGGAAAUGAUCGAGCACUUGGCUAGAUGUACCUAUAAUUAAAAAUAACGUGCAAUUAAGUUAUGAAUUAGGCCAAAUACAGGAAAAUCUAUAUAAUUAAGUUGGAAUAAUUGAGGGUUGUGCACUAAAAAGGCCUCCCAGCUAUCAAAUAUUCACUACAUGAGUUGUUCUAAAUGAG